ACACGGAAAAUCAUACAGUGUCGGUAGUUUUCGUGCGUUGCUAGCUCAAAAUAAACUUUUGAGGUCGUGCUUCGACAAUGUCCACGAUAGUGAAACGGCUCCUUCGGUCAAACGAUGAUCUGGCGAAAGGAGAGAUGGCAAAAGAGGCAGAUGUUCCCAACAUUGGAGAACACCAGCCGAGGAACCCUUACACAGAGAUCCAGGUACUGCAGAAUCACACUGACAUGGUGCGGCUGCUACAUCCAGUAGAUUCUUCCAGGUUUGUUUCAGCUGGGGACGAUGGAAUAGCAAUACUCUGGCACACACAGACAGGAAGAAGACUUUUCACAUUUUCCGGCCAUGACCGACCAAUCACGUCCCUGCUUCUGCUGACGGUGCAGAAGACCAGCUUCCAUGAUGAUGAUGAGAGCUCAGCCGCCCUGAGGGACCCUAUCCUUCUCACAGCAUCAUCGGACAAGCACAUCUGUAUGUGGAAUGUGAAUACAGGACAGUGUCUGCAGACCAUUACUGAACUCCACUCCAGUGUUAAGUGUAUGGUGGAGUUGCGGCAGGGGAUGUGGUGUUCCGGAGGUCAUGACCUCAGCCUGUGGAGUCAGCAGGGGGAGCUGCUGCACAGACUGGACAGGGGCACGGCGGAAACUGACAUUUCCCUGGUGCUGAGCAUCCCAAAUGAGAAACUGGCUGCAGUGUCAGACAAAACAUUAAUGGUGUUUAAAGUCACCAGCCCAAUGGAGACUGGUGGUCUGUACCAGCUGGAGGAGUAUGGACAUCCACAUGUGCAGCACAGGGAGGCCAUACAGAGUCUGGUCAAUGUGUCAGACAGCGUGUUUGCGACAGGCUCCCUGGACGGGACCAUCGUGCUGUGGGCGUCGGCGCACUCGGUCCACUUCACGCGGAAGCUGAGCAGCAGUGCUCGCUCCCCCCAGGGCGUGAACCACCUGUACCCCUGGAGCAUACAGUGUAUCGUCCCUGUGGAGGAGCGCUACCUGUUUGCCGCCAUCGGUGCGGGGUUCUGGCUGUAUGACGUGGUGACAGGAAAGUGUCUGGCCAAGAAAGUCGCAGCCCACUUCUCCAAGAUACAACACAUGGUGCUGCUGGGAGGGGGGUCCUUCCUGGCCACAUGUUCUGCUGACGGGACCAUCAGGCUGUGGGGGUCACCUGGGGUCACAGCCGCCAGGACCGAGGAGACAGCGGAGGAACAGAAGCCAAGAUACUCCAAGCAGAUCGACAGAUUCAUGGGAAUCAGUCCAGGGAAAGAAGAUGUGAAAGGGAAGAGCAAGAGUGUGGUGCAGUUCCAGCCAGCUCUGCUAGGGGAGCUGCUAGGUCAUGCUGGCACAGUGCAGAUGUUGCUGGACUGUGGUGGAGAUGGGCUGGCCUCCUGUGGCACAGACAGGCUGGUCAUACUGUGGAAGGAUGGUGCUGUGCAGUCAGAACACAGAAAUGAGUUCAUCAGGGAGAUGCUUCAGCUUGGGGCCAGUUAAAACAUUCCAAAACAUCCUGAAACUUCAGUCUCCAUAGCUCCUGUCUGUCAAUUGUUUCACAGAGAUGUAAAAUUACUGCCAUCCAUUCAGUAUUGAACUGAAAAUGUCAUAAUUUUGACAUUUUUUAAAAACCUUGUGAAAUCACUACCAUUCAGUAUUGAACUAAAAACGCCACAAUUUUCAUUUCAAUAUUUUUCUGUUCUCAAGUUUAUAUGUAUCUUUUCUAUACCAAUGUAAUUGGCAUGAAGAAAAAAAUGUCUAAUGUGUCAGACUUUGAAUCUGAGAGCCUAAACAUUUCCUGAUUCAUCCACAAGUUUCUUUUCUAUAUAGUGAACAUGAAACAUAAAAUUCAUGUAUAACUUGUAAAAAGGAUUACUGCAAGUCACUUGAGUGAUUUUAUUAUUAUGGGAACAUUGGCACUGGUACAGGAUAACAUUACAUUUGAUAAAACUUCACAUUCACAAGAUUUCCACAUGUUAAAAGAUAUGUAUAUAUAGA